ACUCACUCUGUUUUAUACAUUGAAAUCAUGUCAGGAAGAGGAAAAGGCGGUAAAGGACUCGGCAAAGGAGGCGCUAAGCGUCAUCGCAAGGUUUUGCGUGAUAACAUCCAGGGAAUCACCAAACCCGCCAUCCGUCGUCUCGCUCGUCGUGGUGGUGUCAAGCGUAUCUCCGGUCUGAUCUAUGAGGAGACUCGCGGUGUGCUGAAGGUGUUUUUGGAGAACGUUAUUCGUGACGCCGUCACCUACACUGAACACGCCAAGAGAAAGACCGUCACCGCCAUGGAUGUCGUCUAUGCUCUGAAGCGACAGGGUCGCACUCUGUACGGUUUCGGAGGUUAAGCUUCAGUUUUUCGCAAAUCCAACGGCUCUUUUAAGAGCCAC